ACACCCCAUCCCACCACACAGCCCCAUCUCCUCUCACUUCCAGGGAAUCCUGUAGAAGUAGCUUUUCCAAAUUUUGGUAAUAAGUUGCCAUUUAAUGCAUCCGACAGCCCAAACGUGCUGCAAAUGAAGGGUCUUCCCAGCCAAGACCACCUGGAGGGAUUGGGCUGAAAGUAUUGGUGCAAGCCAGUGCAGCCAGAGGUCCCGGCACCGAGGGUCUCUCUCAUAUCAGCCCCUCAGAGUGACAGUCACUUGGCUUCGAAGUCAUCCCAUGGCUCCAUUCUGAUGGUCCUCCUCAGGCACUCGGCCUCUCCUUCGGUGAUGCUGGAACUGUCUGUGCUCCUCAUCGCAGGAGGAAGGCUGGAUAUAAAAAGCGUGUAGGCUCGCAAAACCAAGUUUGUUUCUCCUAGCUCCCAGCCAAGCAUGUCUGAUAACCACAGCCCGGGGAGGGCUGUAAUUUCUCGGGUUUAUAUAUAGAGGAGACGAGGCCGUGCCAUAGACAAGGACUAUAUAAAGGGGCCGCCCUGUCCCACUCCCCCAGCCAGGCUGCUGGAGCAGGAGAACCGCGGCGUGCCCCUCUCCGUGGCUAUGGACACCUCCUACCCACGGGAGGACUACCUGCCCGCGCCGUCCCACAAGCGGGAGCCGUCUCCGACCGUCCUCAUCUCCCCGCCCCCCCGCGACCACCUCAUCUGGUCCAUCUUCAACACCAUCUACAUGAACUUCUGCUGCCUUGGCUUCGUGGCGCUCGCCUUCUCCGUCAAGGCACGGGACCGGAAAGUGGCCGGGGACGUGGAAGCUGCUCGGCGCUUCAGCUCCAAGGCCCGGUGCUACAAUGCCCUGGCCACGGCGGGGAGCGUGGUGCUGCCGCUGCUGCUCGCCGCCCUGGUCAUCACGGGCGUCAUCCACCUCUCCAAGCUCGCCCAGGAGUCUGUUGGCUUCUUCACCUACCAGUUCAGUGGGAGCGACGAUGAGGACAAGUGACCGGUGGGCGACGGGCUUGUAGAAAUUCCUUCGCAUGGCUGGUGGCCCCCCCAAAAAGACCACUGGUCCAGCAUAACCCUGCCACCACCCAUCUCUGCCACCCAGGACCACGUCCGCAAGCUUUCACGCCCACCGGGCAGCGUGUGGCUGGGGGGGGAGGCAGCCCCACAAGCUUCUCCCACACCGCUGCCUCUCCCCUCACCCCCCCCCGCCUGGUCCAGCACUCCUAGCCCUGCGGUGCCCGACCCCGGCUCCUGGCCACGCUUCUUGGGGCAGCUCACUUAUUUUUGUUUACCCUGGUGUUUUUUUAACUCCUUCUAUCCUGUAUGGAGCACAGCAUCCCUCCAGCUUCGGUGAUUACUAUUUAA